GGAAACCUAAGAAGCGUAAGGCGCGCAGGGCAUUGUGGGUGGAGACGGAGUGUGUCUCUGUUGCUCUCGUGUCGUGCGAGCGCGGGAAAUGGCCAAACAUCAUCCCGAUCUGAUCUUUUGCCGCAAACAAGCCGGCGUGGCCAUUGGCAGACUCUGUGAGAAAUGCGAUGGAAAGUGUGUGAUCUGCGACUCCUACGUGCGGCCCUGCACGCUCGUGCGCAUCUGUGACGAGUGCAAUUAUGGCUCGUACCAAGGCCGCUGUGUGAUCUGCGGGGGCCCUGGAGUCUCGGACGCGUACUACUGCAAGGAGUGCACCAUCCAGGAGAAGGAUAGAGAUGGUUGUCCCAAGAUUGUGAACCUUGGAAGCUCUAAAACAGAUUUGUUUUAUGAACGCAAAAAAUAUGGAUUCAAGAAGCGAUAACCUUUCCCAGCAUCAUGACACACCACUCACAUUUAAUAUUUUUUCUGAUGUUUUUUUAAUAUGAUGGAAUGCCUAUUUUCUGCGAUUGUCUGACGAGAAUGUUGUGGAUAAUUUCUUUAAAAAUAAGAACAUUAUUACCAUUGGCUUGCACUGUGUGAUAUGAUGGUCACAUUGUAUAUUCGUGUGGAAUCCUGUUUGCAGCCAUGAUUAUCUUAGCACACCAUGUGAUAAAAUGUGACACAUUGUGCCCUGUGUGGACCAGGACUUUACGGCGCUUGGAAGUUGUUUUUAUUAACUUUGUCCCAGAAGAUGCGAAGGGCAGAGAAGCCAUACCAUCAAGUCAUACCUGUAUGUUCUCGGAUGUCAUCAGUUAAUUCCUGGCCUCUCUGUGGGUUAAAAGAAAUACGCAGGAAUUGUACUUUAAUGUUUAACUCGUAAAUAAAGUUGAUGACCUCACGCUCAAGAUUCUGAACUAUGGAUAUAUUAAAAAUCUCUUAAACAUUGUUUUAUUCUUACAGAAAUUGAAAUUAAACUUUAAACUUCAUAAAAUAAACUCCAGAUUUUGGUGAAUGGAUUGUGUUAUUUGAUUAAUCUUAUUUCAUGUGUUCAUUCUGUGUUGUUGAGUACCAGCAAAAUUCAAGGGAUAUUUUCACCUGGAAGUUGAUUUGUGUGUUGAGCUUGGCAGCUGUACAAAGCAAGGUAAUUUUUUUGUGAGAUGUCAAUUGAGCAGCCCAUUAUAAAUUUCUACAAAUGUAGAUGCAUUUUAAAGUCAUGAAGUGGAGAUUACAGUUGUAUCAUCCAAGGUUGCCUAUGGAAGUUGUGCUAAAGAGAUAUACUGCUCAUCAGUCUCCACUUUAAUUAAAUCUCACUUUCCCCACUCGUAAUGAGAGAUCACGGAAAGGAGAACAAACGAUAGAUGGGGUGUAAUUGUGCAUUGGCGAGCUGUUGUGUAAUGAUUAGCGUGCUGAACUUUCAAUCCGGAGGUCGCUAGUUCCAUUCCAUCACCCAACUCAGCAAUGGAAGCAACAGGGCAAGUUUCUCAUCCUCCACCCUCUCCACCCAGAAGUAUAGAUUGAUAUCCCACAUUGUUUUAAUCGGAUAGUCGCAUGCGGUGGGGUAAAAUGUGCACGACCAACUCUUCCAACACGUGUGGUCAACGUGAAAAGGUCGACCAGAUACCCGUUUAGAGUUCACUCGAGUAAAGGGCAUUCUAGCAGUCGUGGUGAGCGACCAGUCAGUGCUGCACCAGUUGCUGAGCGGCUGUUGCAGCAAUUAAUGUGAUAAAGCUUGUGAGAGUCGAUAUUUUUCACCGUUUAUGUUGUGUAGGUGGUUCAUGUUACCCUUUUCACGCACUAGAGGCCAACACAUUCACAGUACUCUACAAAAUAUGGGUCAUCGCUUAUUUAAUUGUGAUCCUGAAUUACACCCUUGAUUUCCAGUACAGCACAAGCUGUUCUUGGUUUGUCCAGUAGAUGUCCUAGGAUAGCCUUGACUUGGAUAUAUUUGGAGCAUUUCUUCCCUAUUGCAUGUGCAACAGAAUAGAGAUCUAACUGCACGUGAAUGCUUCGUUUCAAAGAAGUGCAGCUUUGGAAAUCAGUUGGUAACCAAAUCUUUAAAAUCCAUUUUGUGUACAGUUUAGUGUGUAAUGUUUUAACUGGUAAUUAAAGCAUCAUUAGACAAACUCAUCCUGCGAGGUUUGACACCUUUUUCACUGUAGACCAAACCCAGACAUAGAGAAUUUCUCGUUCAGUUUUUUCAAAAUGCAUUUUAUUGUAAUAAAGUUCAUCGCAAUACUGGACCAGCAGAUAUUGUUACAAAUUACUGCCUGUUCCCCAAAUACAGAUGCCAACCAUUGGACUCGUUAACCUCAGCCUUAUGUCACGGGCCCUCUUUUCACCAACCCACAUUGACCAGCGUGGUCAGCUAUGGUCAAACCUACACGUUUUGGGGAGGCCUUUAUCCAAAGUUUAAAAAAGGCUGUGAAAUUGUAAUUUAAUGAAGAAUUUGUGAAUGAGUACGACUGCCGAUAUUAGUACAGUAUAGGAAUUAAACUUUACUAGAUGGCAGUGUUCUCACUUUUUGACUUGUCAAGCAGAUUUAGUGCAAGUGAGCCCAAUUGUUAGCUUGUAAACGUGUAUAAUUGUGAGUUUGGUACGGUGCUGUUGGUGCUCUUAACUCAAUUAGCAUUGGCAUUGAGCAGGUAAAUAAUACAACCGUGUAAUGUAGUGCAGUAAGCAUGGGAUUUGAUUGUGAAUUAUUAAAACAAUGUUAUUCCUGUAUUUUUCAGAGAUCAUAAAAUCUGCACCUGUGCUUAAUUUGUGAUGCCAAGCUGCAUGCAACCGGAGUGAAUUAACAUUGUUGGCCGAUGAUAACAGAAGCAGCAGCAGCAGCACUGAUGUCUGCAACAAGAACCACUCUCGCCGCAGUGUUUAGAUUCUAAUGGUGCCCUUAUCUAGACAAGUCACGAAUACUGUGAUUACUUUUCAAGAGGAUGUUGCUUUGAUUUCAGUUUUUUUUAUUUAAACAUUCAACACUUAUAUCCACAGAACAACUUUUGGCUUCCCGAUAAAGUGGUACCCAUCGACUCUGGAGGGAUGAUGGGCCGGUUAUAAUUGUAAGCAUUGUUUUACGUGUGGGAGGAAACCGGAGUACUCGGAGAAAACCCCACUCUUAAGCUCCACGUAGACGGGUGCAUGAGCCCACUUGCUCUACUCCCGUUUGGCCACGAAGCAGCCCAACGGAGUUGAGAAUUCACAAAUCGAUGUGAUUCACUACUGACCCUUGCUACCAAAGCGCUGGGUGAGAGGCAUGAGCCACCAAUCCUGGCUCUGAAUGUGCAGACUCCUUUUUUUUUCCUUCAACGCAAAGGUAGUGGCUAGGGAAUAUGAUGGUAUAAUUUACACUGAGUUCAGAAUAAUUAAGCAUUGAGCGAUGAAGCAUGUGGAAAUGUGACGAUUGAGUUUCGGGAAAGUGCUAAAUUAAGCGGUGCAUAAUUACGUUGCGUGCAUUAACAAGCGCGUUUAUGCACAUGCAUUGGUAUUAAAAUGUGUUAAUAAAAACUGCAACAUGU